AUGCACAAAACCCACAGUACAAUGUCCGGAAAGUCGAUGAAAGUAAUUGGGGUUUUGGCGUUGCAAGGUGCCUUUUUGGAGCAUACCAACCAUUUAAAAAGGUGUUUGGCUGAAAACGACUACGGAAUAAAGAUAGAAAUCAAAACUGUAAAAACUCCUGAGGAUCUAGCCCAGUGCGACGCCUUAAUUAUUCCCGGAGGAGAAUCUACGUCGAUGUCCCUCAUCGCUCAAAGAACAGGCUUAUAUCCUUGUUUAUACGAAUUUGUUCAUAAUCCGGAAAAGGUAGUUUGGGGUACUUGUGCUGGUCUCAUCUUUUUAAGCGCGCAAUUAGAAAACGAAAGUGCCCUAGUAAAGACUUUAGGUGUGUUGAAGGUCGACGUGAGAAGAAACGCAUUUGGAAGACAAGCUCAAUCUUUUACACAAAAGUGUGAUUUUUCCAAUUUCAUACCUGGCUGUGAUAAUUUUCCUGCUACAUUUAUUCGCGCACCCGUGAUCGAGAGAAUUCUUGAUCCUAUCGCGGUUAAAAGUUUAUAUGAAUUGCCAGUGAAUGGAAAGGAUGUGGUUGUAGCUGCAACGCAAAAUCAUAAUAUCCUUGUGACUUCUUUUCAUCCAGAGCUUGCUGACAGUGAUACAAGAUUUCAUGAUUGGUUUAUCAGACAGUUUGUUUCUAAUUAA